CUUUUAUCAGGUAGUUUUAUUCAAAAUAGUAAAUUAAAUUUAUAUCGCAGUGUUUUAAUAUGAAGACCCUUGGUAUAUUUGGGUUACUAAUUUGCUUAAGUCUAGGUGCCCACAUCAAAAUUAAUGAUAGCGAUGCGGCCAAAUACCGUUUACCCACCUCAAUACUUCCUAUAAGAUACACAAUAGACUUAGAAUUUCCAGGUUCCGCUUUCACCCAGAACGGCGACAGUUUUAAUGGCAAAGUUAGAAUCACGCUGAAAAUUGUUGAAGCUACAUAUGAUUUGAAACUUCACGCAUCCAAUAAGUAUAUUACCAUAAAAAACUUGAACAUUAAUGCAGUUGAAGUUGCCUAUACUCUGGACCCAGAUACUGAUAUAGUAAGUGUACCUAUAAGACGCUUGAAUUUGAAAAAAGAUGGUACAGAUUACAUUGAAAUUGAGUAUACUGGUAUCAUAAGUACUACUGACAACUAUGGCGUCUACAAAAGCACCUAUGGCAAAUUAAACAAAGACACAAGCUACAUAAUAGCAACUCAGUUUGAAGCCACCUAUGCCAGAAGAGCAUUCCCUUGCUUCGACGAACCGUCUUUCAAAGCCAUUUUUGAUGUAACGAUAUCCCAUCAGGCUGACUCAAACUUGGGUUUAGGAGUGCUGUUCAACACUACUCCCAAACCUGUUCAAAUGGUUCUUGAUAAUGAUAAAGGCGAACAUAAUAAUACGUUGGAAAGCAGAAGAGCAUCAACUACAACAAAAGUAACAUUCGAAUCAACUCCAAUAAUAUCUACUUACCUCAUAGCGUUCACCAUUUCUGAUUUCUCAUCUACAGCAGGUGCAAACCAAAAAGAUGUAAAUGUUGAACAUAAAGUCUGGUCUCGAGAUUAUCUGAAAUCCUCCAGAACCUAUGCAGCUGAAGUUGGGCCUAAACUUUUGAAUUCCUUGAACAAAUAUACUGGAAGGAACUAUGAAGACAUAAAAAAAAUUGACCAGGUUGCUUUGCCAGAUUUUGCGGCUGGUGCUAUGGAGAAUUGGGGUUUGAUCACUUACAGAGAAAGAUUGUUGCUUUGGGAUGAAGAAAAAUCGCCAGACAUCAAUAAGCAACCGAUAGCUACAGUUAUAGCCCACGAAUUAGCCCAUCAAUGGUUUGGUAAUUUGAUAACUUGCGAUUGGUGGAGUGAAACUUAUCUUAAUGAAGGAUUUGCUACGUUUUUCGAAUACUUUACCACUCAUGAUGUUGAAAAAGAUUGGAAACUUGAUGAACAGUUUGUGGUAAAAGUUCUACAGACGGUACUAGCAGAUGACUCACAAGGAAACUCUCAAGCUAUCAAAUCUGAGGUCUCAACACCACAACAAGUCGAUACCAAAUUUGGAUCGAUAUCUUAUUUAAAGGGUGGAAGUAUCCUAAAAAUGCUGGAACAAAUUAUGGGAGCUGAAAACUUCAAGGCAGGCGUCCAAGCAUAUGUAGCAUCAGACAGUUUACAGUACAAAACAAGCACCACCUCCAAAUUGUUGAAUGUUUUUCAAACCAAAGUACCAGCCACAGCUUUGCCAGAAGGUCAAACUUUAGAAUCAGUUAUGGCAAAUUGGAUGAACAAUCCUGGAUAUCCUCUUAUUAAUGUAAAAUUAAAUGGAAAAACUUUGACGGUAUCACAAGAAAGAUUUUUAAUUUCUGGAGAAGACAAGGCGUCAAAAUGGUGGGUUCCACUGACUAUGGUUGAAUCUGAAGGCAAAAACAACUUCAAAACAACCACAACACAAGCUUGGUUAAGUCCAACUGAUACAAAUUUAGAUAUUACCUUGGAGAACGAAAACAAUCAAUGGGUACUUUUGAAUACUUUUCAAACAGGAUUCUACAGAGUCAACUAUGAACCCGCUCUAUGGACUAGCUUGUCAAAAGCUCUUCAAAAAGAUGAUUUCAGUGGCAUCGUGAACACUAACAGAGCUCAAAUAAUUGACGAUGCUUUCAACAUUGCGAAAACUGGUAAAAUCACUUAUUCGCAAUUAUUCGAAGUUAUCAAAUUCCUUAAAAAAGACAAAUCCUACAUAUCAUGGUAUCCAGCUUUUACCGGUUUCCAAUAUAUAUUAUCCAGAGUGCCAAGUGAGUCGGAGCUAAAAGCCAAAAUGCAACAGCAUUUGUUGAGUUUAAUGUCUGAGUUUUACGACAGUGUUCCUAUUAGUCAAACGAAAACAGGACACGUAGAUCUUUUGUCCCAAUCAUUAGCUGGAUCGUGGGCAUGUUUGCUGGGACAAAAAACUUGUGUUAGUGAAGCACAGAAAUUGUUUGCUGGACUUUUCAAUAGUGAAAGUAAAAGUGUUGACAAAAAUAUCAAAAGCAUUGUAUAUUGCACCGGUCUACGAUAUGGUGAUGCAAGCCAUUUCGAGCAGCUAUGGAAUCUUUAUGGUGAAACUGCAGACAGCGACGAGCAGGUGCUUAUAUUGGCUUCUCUUGGAUGCUCAUCUAAUUCGGAAAAACUUACUCAACUUUUGACUGAAACUUUGAAGGACGACUCUAAAGUUAGAUCGCAGGAUGCUGCUACAGCAUUUUCUGCAGUAUACAGCAAAUCCGACGAAGGAGUUGAAGUGGCCCUUAAUUUUAUGAUUGCCAACUUUAAGCAAAUCCUAGUGAAAUACUCAGCCAUGAGCGCAAAAACUACCUUGAUCAAAGGAAUUGCAGGAAAACUGACUACCACAGCACAGUACGAUAAGCUCAAAUCCCUACUUAAUGAUAACACAGAAUUUGAAGGCGAUCUGAAAGACUUGAAAAAAGAAGCCCUAGAACUAGCUGAAGCUAAUUUAGAAUGGAUCAAAAUCCAUGGAAAUGAAUUGAACGAGUAUUUUGGUAUUGACCAAGAUGAUGAUAAUAAAACUAAUAGUGUUCCUACUAGCAGUCCACUAAACUCACUAGUCUUAGCCAUUAUUGUUAGUUUAGCUGUUGCAUUCUAGUCUGGUCUAAAUAAUAAAACAUUUUUAUUUUAUUAAUAUCCAACA